AUGCAACUUUCUCAGCAACAUUUGGAGCGUUUUAGAAAAGAUAAAAAGGAUUUUGUGCGUCGUUUCAUCACUAUGGACGAGACUUGGGUCUACCACCAUGAUCCUGAAUCAAAACAAGAGGCUAAGGAGUGGCGUGAACCUGGUACUUUGGCUCCAAAGCGAGUUAGGGUCCAGAAAUCGGCCAAGAAGGUGUUAGCAUCAGUUUUUUGGGAUGCAAAAGGAAUUUUGUUUGUGGAUUACCUCCAAACUAAAUCCCAAUUUUNCAUUAUAUUUCUUGGAAAUAAACAAUCAGGGAAAACAAGUAUUAUAUAUAGAUUUGUUGAUAGACAAGAAAUUCCUAAGCCUACAUUAGCUCUUGAAUAUUUAUUUGGUCGUCGAAGUAGAGGAUUGGAUACAGCAAAAGAAGUGUGUCAUAUAUGGGAACUUGGAGGUGGAUUAUUAUUUACAAAUUUAUUAGAAAUUUCUAUUACAACAGAAAAUUUAUUGUCAUUGUCAGUUGCUAUUGUACUAGAUCUUUCAGUACCAGAAGAAUUAUGGUUUACAAUGGAAACUUUAUUGCAAGUUUGUACAGACAGAAUUAAAGAUGUGUUAAACCUUCAUGCUGCAAAAUCUAAAGAAUUAAAACAGAUUCUAAUUGAUAAAGCUUGGAAAAGAAUUGGAGAAAAUCAUGAGGAUAAAGAUAAAAUAAACCCUUUUCCACUUCCUUUAGUAAUAUUUGGAUCUAAAUAUGAUAUAUUUCAGAAUAUGGAUCCAGAAAAGAAAAAAGUGAUAUCUCGAUGUCUUAGGUUUGUUGCUCAUAGUAAUGGGGCAAUGCUAUGCUUUGUUAGUACAAAAUCUGAAAAUAUCAUUACAAAAAGUCGUGCAUUAAUAAGUAAUUUAGUGUUUGGUACAUCUGCUAGGGGAUCAGGGGUGGAUUUAUGGGAUCUUCAAGUGCUGCUGUACCUCCUGGGAGUUUUUCUUGAGUAAUGCCAGGUAUUUCAGGUAGUAAAAGAAUUUUGUAAGACAUUGUUUCCUCUCUAUAACCUUUCUAAAGAUUUCUGGAUCUGUUAUUGCUAACAUUAUAAUAUUUUUUAAAGCUACAAUAUAUAAAUAAUACAAUAGUUAAAGUAAUUCAUUCUACAUUUCGUUUAAAAUGUUUUUAAUGCAAUUAAGCAAAAGUUAUUAUAAUUUUGUAAUAUAUUUGAAAGUAAUUAGAAAUAAA